AUGUCCAACACCGAGCAGACCUUCAUUGCCGUCAAGCCCGAUGGUGUCCAGCGCGGACUCAUUGGCCCCAUCAUCACCCGCUUCCAGAACCGCGGCUACAAGCUCGCUGCCAUGAAGCUCGUCUCCCCCGAGAAGUCCCUCCUUGAGCAGCACUACGCCGACCUGAGCUCCAAGCCCUUCUUCCCCGGCCUCAUCUCCUACAUGCUGAGCGGCCCCGUCUGCGCCAUGGUCUGGGAGGGUAAGGACGUCGUCAAGACUGGUCGUGCCAUCCUCGGUGCCACCAACCCCCUUGCCUCUGCCCCCGGCACCAUCCGUGGUGACUACGCCAUCGAUGUCGGCCGCAACGUCUGCCACGGCUCCGACAGCGUCGAGUCUGCCCAGAAGGAGAUUGCUCUCUGGUUCAAGAAGGAGGAGCUCCAGACCUACAAGCUCGCCCAGCACGCCUGGAUCUACGAGAACUAG